CGGACCAGGGCCAGACCGCCCCGGACGAAACCCAGACCGCCCCGGACCAGGGCCAGACCGCCCCGGACGAAGGCCAGACCACCCCGGACCAGGGCCAGACCACCCCGGACCAGGACCAGACCGCCCCGGGCCAGGGCCAGACCACCCCGGACGAAACCCAGACCGCCCCGGACCAGGGCCAGACCGCCCCGGACCAGGGCCAGACCGCACCGGACGAAACCCAGACCGCCCCGGACCAAGACCAGACCGCCGAUGAACCUGAACCCCAACACCAGGGAGAAGGCUCAGGCCCUUUGGUGGCCUGGCUGCCUCAGACCGCAGACGGGCCCCCCAGGAAGGACCUGGCCCAGGUCGAGGGGAACCUUAAGGUCCGGGUGAAGGGGGUCAGGAAGCUGAGGGCGAAAAAAGAAACCAUGGACCCAGGCCAGACCGCCCAGGACCCAAACCAGCUCCCCAAUGUGCCUGACAGCCCCCCCACAAAGCCCCUGGCCCAGGUCAUGGGGAACUUGAGGUUCGGGCUGAAGGGCUUCAAAAAGCUGAGGGUUAAACCAGCAUCCACCUCCCGGCUUGAUGAGGAGAAGCCUUUGGGCCAACCUUCAGGCCGGAGCCCCUUGCCUGGCCAGACCGCCCCGGACCGAGGCCAGACCGCCCCGGACCCAAGCCAGACCGCCCCGGACCCAAGCCAGACCGCCCCGGACCGAGGCCAGACCGCACUGGACCCAAGCCAGACCGCCCCGGACCCAAGCCAGAUCCCAGAGGAACCUGAACCCCAACACCAGGGAGAAGGCUCAGGCCCUUUCGUGGCCUGGCUGCAUCAGACCGCAGACGGGCCCCCCAGGAAGGACCUGGCCCAGGUCGUGGGGAACCUGAAGGUCCGGGUGAAGGGGGUCAGGAAGCUGAGGGUGAAAACAGAAACCAUGGACCCAGGCCAGACCCCCCAGGACCCAAACCAGCUCCCCAAUGUGCCUGACAGCCCCCCCACAAAGGCCCUGGCCCAGGUCAUGGGGAACCUCAGGUUCCGGGUGAAGGGCCUCAAAAAGAAGAGGGUUCAAGCACCAACCACCUCCCGGCUCGAUGAGGAGAAGCCUUUGGGCCACCCAUCAGGCCGGAGCCCCUUCCCUGGCCAGACCGCCCCGGACCCAAGCCAGACCGCCCCGGACCCAAGCCAGACCGCCCCGGACCCAAGCCAGACCGCCCCGGACCCAAGCCAGACCGCCCCGGACCCAAGCCAGAUUCCCGAGGAACCUGACAGGGCCCCGACAAAGGACCUGUCGAGGAACAUGAGGGUCCGGGGGAGGGCACCAAGAAAGAAGAGGGUCAAAACUGAUACCACCGCCCUGACGGAGCAGGAGGAGGAGAAGCCUUUGGGCCGGCCUUCACGCCAGAACCCCUUUAGGCGCAUCAAGAUGGCCUGGUCCGACCCAAAGGCCGUCAUCACCACCGACGCCCCCCCGAACACCCCUGAGCAUCAGGAUGUGGUCAUCGAGGCCGAGGAGGAGGGGGAAGCCACAGCUCAGGCUGAGGGGACGGGCCUCAGGCCCCGGGUCAAUAAGUGGCUGAACCGUAGAAUGAAGGAAAUGUCCACAUUCGCGGCCCGGUUCCAGUGUGGCUCGUGUGUGCACUAAGAAAAAAAAAAAAGAAAGAAAAGAAAAUAGCAUAUAAAAACCCAAAAAAAAUAACUGCAAGAUAAAAUGUAUAACGGCGCCACUGUACAGACAAAGUAUGCACGUCAAACAUCUGAUGGUGCCCGACCAAGUCCACAUCGAUGUGAAGUCACACAGGAGGGAAACCCCAGCUUUGUCUAAGCCCGGGUGAAUUUAAACAAAGUAAUGAAACAUCUGAUGGGACUCAACCAAGUCCUCAUCGAUGUUGCUUCACACUGAGGUGUGUCAUACUUUGUUUAAAUUCACCUACGCUAGGACAAAGCUGGGGUUUCACUCCAGUGGGAUGUCACAUCGAUGUGGACCUGGGCAGGACUUAUCCGAUGUUUGACGUCCAUACUUUGUCUGGGCCCAGGUGAAUUGAAACAAAGUAUGUACGUCAAACAACUGAAGUGACCCGACCAGGUCGACAUCGAUGUGACAUCCCACAGGAGUGAAACCCCAGCUUUGUCUGAGCCCGGGUGAAUUUAAACAAAGUAUUCAAACAUCUGAUGGUACUCAACCAAGUCCUCAUCGGUGUUACAUCACACUGCGGUGUGUAAUACUUUGUUUAAAUUCACCUGCGCUUGGACCCAGCUGCGGCUUCUCUCCAGUGUGAUGUCACAUCGACGUGGACAUGGUCGGGUCCCAUCCGAUGUUGGACGUAUACACUUUGUUUCAAUUCGCCUGGGCCCAACUGCAAUUCA